UCUGUGAAAAACAUUGAUUAAUCGAUAAGGAACCGGACAACUAUUUUACAUCAAGAAAUAAUGGCAGUAAGACUAUUAAUCAUGAUAUGUGGCUUGAAAUUAGUUUUUGGGAAACAUGAAGGUUUCAUAGUCGGAGGUGACUAUGUUGAUUCUAUCAAUGAUUUCCCUCAUGUCGCUGCUUUAUAUGUAUAUCAUAGUGAUCGAGAGGGAGACAAUUUUUGUGGAUCGUCCAUAUUGAACCAAUAUAUUUUGUUAACUGCUGCGCACUGUGUGGUUAAUGAUGUCGUGAAAGUCACAGCAUUUGUGGGGAGCUUAGAUAGGGGGAAUGGAAAACUACACCGCAUUGACAGAUACGUGCAGCACGAACGAUGGGAUAUACCCACUGACAGCAACGACAUAGCCUUAGUUAGGCUGAAGACACCGUUGUUAUUCGAUGAGACAGUGAAGAGAGUGAUAUUAAUGAAGACACCGCCAAAAGUUAAAGUAGCGGAAGUGGCUGGUUGGGGAACAGUUGACGAAGUAACCAUCAUUGCUUCCAAUAUACUUAAGUACACAAAACAAAAGCUGUGGACUCUUAAAGAGUGCAGAAAAGUCUUGAAAGACGCACCCGACGGAACCAUUUGCGGUGGCAGGAUAAACGCCAAGAAAAAUUUUGCAUCGUAUGGAGAUUCCGGCAGUGGCCUCAUAGUUAACAAAAAUAUAAUUAUUGGGAUUGCCUCCUUCAAAGUCGUCGAAAUUACAACCAGUCUGUUGGUCUACACGGACGUCGCAUACUUCUACGACUGGAUUUUGGUCGAAUCGACACGAUUAGCAUGCUCUUAAUAAAGAAGAAAACUGUU